AUGUUAGGUACGGAGAUCAAUGAGACUCUUCAGGUACCUGGCCUCCACGUGCCAAACUCGGAGGACAGUAACACAGCCUCAUCCAGCUGCUACAGUCAUCGGCGCCGACGAUUUAAGAUGAGACGGUCAAAGUCCUCGCGCAGCCGUGAAAUGGCACAAAGUAUGGACUCUGCCAAGAAUUCUGAGUACCUACAGUUACCUUCCAUCGAAAUAACUCCGUCCAGUGAUGAAGACAGCGCGCGAUCAAACGGCUCCACUCCGAGCACAUCGCCGAGGCGCCAAGGACUGCGAUUAAAGAGUUGGGGGAAUAUUCAGAUGAAAGAGGGGACUGAUGCUGAAACCCAGGGGCUCAGUGAAAGCAGGUAA